AUCUUAUUUCUGUGUGCAAAAAUCAAGCUUAUGGAUUCAACUAUCAUCCUCAUCUCACUUCUCCUCAUCACUUGCAUUGCUCUCUCCACGACAUCGCGUUCGUUGAAAAAGCUUAAGCAUCCAGUAGUUCUUUUGAUAUCUUCAGAUGGAUUCCGAUUUGGUUACCAAUGGAAGACUCCAACGCCAAAUAUCCACCGUCUUAUCAACGAUGGCACGGAAGCUGAAACCGGUUUGAUUCCUGUGUUUCCUACACUCACUUUUCCUAAUCAUUACUCUAUUGUAACCGGUCUUUACCCUGCUUAUCACGGAAUUAUUGAUAACCAUUUUAUUGAUCCCGACACUGGUGAGAAUUUUAAUAUGGCUAGCCAUGAACCCAAGUGGUGGCUCGGUGAGCCACUUUGGGAGACUGCGGCUAAUAAUGGGUUCAAAGCUGCUACUUGUUUUUGGCCCGGGUCUGACGUGCAUAAAGGUUCCUGGAAUUGUCCUGAUAAUUAUUGUAGGUUUUAUAAUGCUUCUGUUCCAUUUGAGGAUAGAGUUGCUAAGAUUUUGAGUUAUUUUGAUUUGCCUAGUCAUGAUAUUCCUGUGUUCAUGACAUUGUAUUUUGAGGACCCUGAUCAUCAGGGUCAUAAAGUGGGUCCUGAUGAUCCUCGGGUAACUCAAGCUGUAGCUAGAAUUGAUAGAAUGAUUGGGAAGUUGAUUAACGGAUUAGAGAAGAGAGGCGUUUUCGACGAUGUUAAUGUUAUUAUGGUUGGUGAUCACGGUAUGGUCGGUACAUGCGGUAAAAAGUUGAUAUUUUUAGAUGAUUUAGCUCCUUGGAUACGAAUUCCAGCUGAUUGGGUUCACUCCUAUACGCCUUUGCUUGCGAUUCGUCCACCUUCAGGUGUACCUUCAUCGCAUGUUGUUGCCAAGAUGAAUAAAGGGUUGAAGUCCGGAAAAGUUAAAAACGGAAAGCAUUUGAAGGUGUAUCUUAAGAAAGAUCUGCCUAAAAGGCUUCAUUAUGCAUCAAGUGAUAGGAUUACGCCGAUAGUAGGGAUUAUUGACGAGGCUUUUAAGGUGGAACAGACGAAAAGAAGUCGACAAGAGUGUGGAGGCGCCCAUGGUUAUGACAAUGUUGUUUUCUCUAUGAGAAGUAUCUUUAUUGGUCAUGGUCCUCGGUUCGCUAGGGGCCGGAAGGUUCCGUCUUUUGAGAAUGUUCAUAUUUACAACAUGAUUACUUCAAUCCUUGGGAUUGAGGGUGCUGCGAAUAACGGAUCUAUGUCAUAUGCACAAAAUAUUAUUUUGCCUAAUCCUUAGGAAAAAAUAUAUCUGUCUGAGCGGAUUAUGUAGUAGUUUUGAGGUUGAAGUCAUAGGUUUUAAGCUUGACUGCUCCGUAGGUAGGCCUUAGUAGUAUGAUCGGCAUGCUCAUGUUCUCAUAUUGUGCAAAAACGGACAUUUCAUCCUUCAGAUGAAAGUUUAGUUGCGGAAAAUUUGAUUGCGGUCAUAGAUUAUUAACGCUGUAGGUGAUUACAUUUCGGUUUUGCUGCAUUGAAAGUAAGACCAGUUCUUAUCUUUGUCGUCGAGUUUUUGAAACA